ACAUCACAUCACUAGGGGCGUGCAACAGCUUCAUUCAUUUAAUCCCUCCCUCCCAUUCGUUCACACAUGCGCGAUCAUAGUUCGCCGGCCGGCCGGCAUUCACCAUUCCAGUUUUAGCCGGUGUGUCGGACGCACAGUUGUACUUUAUUAUUAACAAACUAGACUAACUUAUUUUUAAAAAUGGAAUUCUGCGGCAAGAAAUACAAAAUGGUCUCGUCCGAAAACUUUGAUGAGUUCAUGAAAACUUUGGGCGUCGGUCUUAUCACUCGUAAGGCUGCCAAUGCCGUCACUCCAACAGUGGAACUCCGUCAGGAUGGUGACGCUUACACGCUGGUGACGUCGUCUACUUUCAAGACCACAGAGAUGAAGUUCAAGCCUGGAGAGGAGUUUGAUGAAGAACGCGCUGACGGUGCUAAGGUGAAGUCAGUGUGUACUUUCGAGGGUAACACCUUGAAGCAGGUGCAGAAGGCACCCGACGGUCUGGAGGUCACAUAUAUCAGAGAAUUCGGGCCCGAAGAGCUUAAAGCUGUAAGACUUUUUUUGUAUUUUUCUUCAAAUACUUUAAAUGCAAUUAUAAACUAAAAACGGAUCUCCUAGCAUUACAAUUAUCUGUAUUACAAAUUCUCAA